GGUGUGUGUGUGAAGGCGAACUUGGCCCCGAAAAAGGAAGUAAUUAAAGGCGGUGAGAAACAACAAUCGACGGACGGGACGAGCAGAAAACAAACAAAAAAAAAGGGCCGCGCCGAAAGUUCGCGUUCGAUCGCAUAAAACGCGAUCACCGCGACAUCGUCGUUGCCGGAAAUUGGUUGAUCCAAUUUCGCUGAAUCUACCAUCGGCGCCGCCGGCAAAAUCCAACACGCAGAUCCACCACAGGGAGUUCCCGCUCCACACACGCAAAAUGACGGAAAUGGAAAGGAAAGUUGCGCUAAGGACCGGGCGGUACUAUCAGCUGGCCGUGCUCUGCCUGACCGUGACUUUGGCGACCGGCAUUCAGAUCGAUAAUCGGCUCGUGCAGCCACAGCAUGAUUGCUUCGAGAGGAUAGCGCUCGGGGCGAUGCUGCCAUUCGAGAAAACGUUCCGCAACUCGGACACGAACUCGCUGAAGAUCUGCGAAACGCUUUGCCUCAACGACAAGGAAUGCCAAACGUUCGCCUUUGGAAUUUCCGGUCGAGGAAAUGGAACGUGUCAACUGUCGGCGAAUACGAUCGAUGCCACCAAGUCACGCCCGGUCGGUACCAUCUUCGAUCCGGACUUUGAUCUGUACGCCAGGAAGUACAACUGUUUUUUAGAUGGACCCACCAACCCACCGCCCAAGCCGGGAGGCCUGGGUAUCUUCCCCAAUGGUGAGCUAGGGCCGGGAGGUGGACCCCAGCGACAACCGGGACUACAGCAACCACCACCACCUCCACAACCACAACAACCACCACCGCCGACCGGUGGCUCCUUUCCACCGCCGAGCAUAAUCGAUCGUCCUGGACCACCGGUUUUUGGUCCAUCGGGAGUAUCGACGAGUUCGGGCAUUGAUCUGCCCACCACCAUCAACGGUGGUUUCGUGGAUACCUCCCGUCCCAACGAGCGUCCCGAAUACGGUGGCGGUGGUUCCACCGGGCCGACCAGUGGCAGUACGGUGCCAGGUACGACCGGUACCUACGGUCAAACGAGUGGCGAAACACUUCCCGAGACGACGGCUCCGACCGAAGAGUUCUACACGACGAAGGACACGCACACUCACCCGACCGGUGGAAGUCCCUAUCUACCGACCAGUACGGCCGCCACUGGACCACACUAUGGGCUGGCAACGGGAGGUGAUCGUUACUCACCGAGCCUACCAGGUCCCGGUCCUACCGGGUUACCGGAUCGUGAGAUACCAACCAAGUAUCCGUUCGAUCAGAGACCCUCGUACGGUGUGGUGAGUGGAUCCGGUGGUCCUUCCAAGCCGGGCAACUAUCCAUACCAGUUUCCGAUGCUAUAUGAAACGAACUAUCCGCUACCGAACAAACAGAACGGUUAUCCGGAGAUCUACGCCCAGAAUGUACCGACGCUGGACAACAACUACCUGCGGCCGGAGUACGGUGGUACGAGCUUCGGUGGACGACCUGCGGGAGGACCGACGGGAAGUACUCCACCGAUCGGUAGUGGCCCCUCGGGUUAUGGUGGUGUACAGCGACCGAGCUCGAGUGGAUCUUCAGGAUAUGGUAGCGGAGGAAAUCUGCCUGGAAUGCGACCACCAGCAGCAGCAGCAGGCUCUUCACCAGGAUCCAGUGGCUAUGGAGUAGAUCGUGGACCAGCGCGCCCUUCGGGACCUGUGCAGACCUCGGGAUACGGUGUAGUACGUCCAGUACCACCACCACCAGCUCCUGCAACGGCCGUCGGUGGUUAUAACGUUCAUGAAGACAAACCAGAUCCACACACACCGACGCAGACGCACACGCAGACGACACACAAACGCCAGUGUACUAGCUUAGAAACAUUGAGAAUGAUUAUCGACAGGAGCGUGUCCGUGAUUGUCUGGAUCGGUUUGGCAGCAAUCGUUCCGGUGUACGAGGCAUCGACGAUCAUCAUCGUGGAGGAUGCCAAAGCUUGCUACCGUCGAGUGCUGGCCGGAAAGCGGGUCGCCCCGCACUGGGUACGCCGUACGCUGAUCUGCGAACGCGUCGAGGACUGCCAGCGGGAAUGUGGCGACGAGCGGCGCUUCUCCUGCGAAGGAUUCAACUAUCGCUUGGACCCAACGGGCCGUGGCCAAGGUGAUUGUGAGCUGAUCGAUCAGCCACUGUCCCAGAUCGAUCUGUACUCUAGCCCGCAUCAGCGCGAUUCGAAUUUGAUACGCGAUCCGGACUACGACUACUACGAGCGCGAUCGUAGCGCCUCGGCCAACUGUCGAUCGACGUGUAAGGACUGUGUGCUGAAACCGUCCUUCCGUCCGACGUUGGAGUUUGUGCGUCCCACGACCUAUCGGCCACAGCAUCCACAGCUACAGGAGAACUACAAACCGUAUCCGGCCGAUCCGCAUCCGUACGAGGAGGAUCGCUACAAACCGAUCACGGCGAUCGACAAGUAUCGACCACCGAUGUACGUGCGACCGGAAUUCGAACGCUAUAGCCCUCCAUCGGCACCAUACUAUCCACCACCA